AUGUUUUUAGUACUUGUAAAGUUGAUUAAUCUCAACCCGUUAUCAUUUGACUCUUCAUGUAAGCUCUCACCUCCUAUAGUUGGUUGGAAAAAUUGCUCUUUGCUAAUCCAAGUUCAUGCAUGGAUCACAGAAGAUACUGAUCAGACAAAAGAAAUAAGAUGCUGCAUUGAAAUUGCACGGUCAACUUUUAAUAGAACGAGAAAACUUUUGUGUAAUCGCAAUAUCAAUAUAUUCCUCCAGAUAAGAAUGCUUCGAUGUUAUAUUUUCUCUACCCUUUUGUAUGGAGUUGAAGGUUGGACACUUAAAAAAUCCAACAUUAAAAACCUAGAAGCAUUCAAAAUGUGGUGUUACCUACGUAUUUCGAAAAUAUCAUGGAUGGAUCGCAAAACAAACGAACAAGUUCUCGAACAACUAGGAAAACAAUGUGAAGUAGCCGCCGAAGCUGCACAGAAAGUUGUGAGACUAUUUGUUCACAACAACGAACCACUGUGGGAUCUCUUGGAUAAGAUCAUACUUGCUUUAUCUUCUGUUAUAGCUUCAACACCCAAGUUACAGAGAAUAUGGAAGAAAAAACUGUUUAAGAAAUUACAGAAGGCCACAGACAAGUCAUGCCGAGAAAAAAAAAGCUUAGAAAAUCCAACUUGGAUAGAAAACAAUUUAAUUGAUGUAAACAGCCAAUACAGAGGUGAUUUUUCAGUUGAUGAAAAUAGUUAUUUUACAAACGAGGAAGUCGAGAUAACCGUACAAGAAGUAAAACAAACUUUAGAAAAACUGAAGAACAGAAAAGCUGCAGGUAAAGAUGGAAUUCCAAAUGAAUUAUUGAAAUAUGGUGGAGAAGCAUUAACAGAACAGCUAACAGCACUAAUUAACAAAAUCAUCAAACAUAAUAAAAUACCUGAAGAGUGGAAGAAAAGCGAGCUUAUCCAAUACAAAAAAGGAGAUAAAAAACAACCUGAAAACUACAGAGCGGAUGAACAGCAGGGUUUUCGCACAGGAAGAUCGUGCACAGAUGCAGUAUUCAUCAUAAAACAGAUUACCGAGAAAGCACUAGAGUAUAACAGACCAGCAUUCAUAUGUCUAAUAGACCUGAAGAAAGCGUUCGAUAAAGUAAAGCUUAAAGAUGUAAUUCACCUUCUUUACGAUAGAGAAAUUCCACUAAAUGUUAUAAAAACAAUAGAGAACAUUUACCAGAACAACAAUAUGGAAGUCAGAAUAGAUGACCAGCUUACAGAUCCAAUAGAUAUGGGCAAUGAAUUAAGACAAAGAGACUCGCUUAGUCCAACGCUAUUCAAUCUAAUCAUGGAUGAAAUCCUCAAUACUAUUAAUAAAGAAAGAGGAUACAAAAUGGAGAACAAAGAAAUCAGAAUACUCUGCUAUGCAGAUGAUGCAGCCCUAAUUGCAUCCAAUGAAGACGAUCUACAAAGACUAACCCAUAGAUUCAACACAAGGGCAAAGGACUUUAAUAUGGUGAUCUCUACACAGAAAACUAAAACAAUUGUAAUCAGUAAAGAAUCAAUUAGAUGUAAACUGGAAAUCGACGGUGUCAGCAUUGAGCAAGUAAUGGAGACAAAUUACCUAGGAAUUACACUGUCUAGCUACGGAGAUGUGGAGAAGGAAGUGAAAAAUCAAGUACAAAAGGCUAAUAAAAUAGCAGGUUGUCUUAAUAACACGAUAUGGCGUAAUCCCCACAUUAAUACCGACGUGAAAUCAAGAAUCUACAAAGCAACAAUAAGACCAAUAAUGACAUACACUUCAGAGACAAGACCGGAUACCUCCAAAACUCAGCAACUACUAGAAACAGCGGAGAUGCGUUUACUGAGGAGAAUUACAGGAAACACACUAAGGGAUCGAAUGAGGAGUGAAGAGAUCAGAAGAAAAUGCAAUAUACCAGAAAUAAAUAAGUGGACACUGAACAGAAAAAAGGAAUGGAACGAACACAUAAACAGAAUGGAAGAAACCCGAUUAGUCAGAAUAGCGAGGGACAAUUCACCAAAAGGUAGAAGAAGUAUCGGGCGACCACGCAAAAGAUGGAGUGAUAACCUCCAAUAG